AUGGCCCUCACUCAAGCCGCUAUUAUCGUUAUCGUCCUAGUCGGCUGUCUAGCCAUCACCGCCCUGGGGGCUUCCAUCUUCCGCCGCUACAACCCACUCGGUGAUUCUCCACUAUCCACCGAUGCGUCUCACCAACAAAGCAUAUACAUGCGCUCAGUACGAAUGAGAAAUUAUGGCCACCUUAAGCGGGAGUCAUUGGGUGCUGCAAGAGAUCUGGAGUCGCGAUAUACCUCGGAGGAAGCAUCGGGUUACUACCCUCAAUAUGCGCAGGACCCACACAGUCCGACGAAUCCCGCAUGA